UGCCUUCCAUAGCUCACAUCACCGCCACCCUCCUCUCAUCCUUCAACUUCUACCUCUCCGGCAAGUCGAGCUCCACCGACAAUCCUCCAUCCACACGCACGGCCAGCCAAAGACCGACGACGACGAUGCGGCUGAGCUGCAACGGCUGCCGGGUCCUCCGCAAGGGGUGCAGCGAGGACUGCAGCAUCCGCCCCUGCCUGCAGUGGAUCAAGAGCCCCGAGGCGCAGGCCAACGCCACCGUCUUCCUCGCCAAGUUCUACGGCCGCGCGGGCCUCAUGAACCUCAUCAACGCCGGCGCCGAGACCCUCCGCCCGGGCAUCUUCCGCUCGCUCCUCUACGAGGCCUGCGGCCGGAUCGUCAACCCCGUCUACGGCUCCGUCGGGCUGCUCUGGUCCAACAACUGGCAGAUGUGCCAGGCCGCCGUCGAGGCCGUCCUCGCCGGCAAGCCCAUCGUGCAGGUCUCCUCCGAGGACGCCGCCGCCGACCGCACCCCGCCGCUCAGGGCCUACGACAUCCGACACGUCGGCGCCUCGCCGGCCGCGGCCGCCGAUGGGAGGCUCCACAAGGUCGCCAGGGCCGGACGCACCCGCUUCAAGCGCGCGUCUUCGGCCUCGUCCCACCACAAGCCCUCCAACAACGCCGACUCCAGCAGCCACAGCCCCAAGGCGCCGCAGCCGCAGCCGCGGGCAGAGGUCGAGCUAGAUCAUGACGAGCACCACCACGACUCCCACGACGAGGAGGUGGAGGAGUGCGCGUUCCAGCGAGGCCCGAGCCACGAGUCCUCCGACAGCCACCACCACGUCGAGGUGGAGCCGCACUCCCACCACGACGCGUCCGCCGACACGGACGCCGAGGCGGGCUCGCACGUCAGCCAGGCGGAGCAGAACACUGAGCCAGCCGCAGAGAUGAACGCCGAGGAGGUCGAAAAGGAGCACCAAGAACUCGGGCUCGACCUCACGCUAGGAUUCGCUCCCGUCGCGGCGGCGCGGCCGCCACGAUUCCACGUGAGCUGCCGGACCGCCGAGGAGCCUGCUUUCGUGGGGCUCCGCUUCCUCUAGCAGUCUACUAGCCUGGAUGUCCCCGGCUGAAUUCUUGAGCAAUUUUUCCUUGUGAACAAAAUAGAGAGCUAUUUGAU